UCUUUUUUUGAAGUCGGUUAAAAAAGAAAGGUCCUGUGCAUAAGAACCUUAACAAUUGUUCAUAACGUCGCGUCGUCCUGACAUCGUUGAGACAAACACAGGGUGGUAAUAUAAACUGUUGACAAAGUAAAAAGUUUUCGCUUUUGGGAUAUAUGUAUUGACUUGGCCACCAUGCAAGCAUAGUUCUUUUUCAUGUAUUAAGUUAUUUUCUUGAAACAUUUUAAUUUAGACAAUCAACAUUUACAUAAUACUUUGUAGAGCUUGUGAGAGUAUGUUGCCUUGCUCUUGGGUGGAUGUUUGGACAAUUGUGACGUGAUUGGUCUCUUGUGGUGAACUCAUGGGUACAGGCACUGGUUGUGGUUGCGUAUAAACUUGUUUGGUGACAAGGUAGUUACUAUAACUAUACUCCGGUAUUGUAUUUUGGUAUAGAGGCGACUGGUUGAUAGUAAAUGGGGAUGAAGUGCUGGAGUCCGAGUAAAUUACUUCAGGAAAUGAUUGUGACAUCUGUGUUAACCGUUCCUGAGUCAUCACAGAUUGAAGUUUUUCCUGACAUAUCCAAACUUUUGCAAAACAAAUCAAACUCAUCUUCAGUUUGGACUUUGGCUUGCUCGCUUAUAGUUUUUAAAUUCUUUAAUUGCUCUAUCAAUCGACUAAGUUUAAAUUGAGAAAAAUCACUUUCGAACCAUUGUAAAAAAAAGAAAAUACUUUUUUGUACUUAACGGGGACAAUAAAAUUGUAAAACAAAACAAUUCUAACUAUAAAUGGCACAAUCAGUCUUAAACAUUCUCUUUCAUUACCAAUAUCUAUCAUAAUUAAAAAUUUGAGGGGAGAGGGAGGCCAAAGAAAAGAUGGAUGGAUUGUGUGAGGAGUGAUAUUAAGGAAAAGGAAGUUAGUGAUAGCAUGACGGGUGACAGAGUGGAAUGGAAGAAAAAAACAUAUUGCGCCGACCCCAAAUAACAUGGGAAAAGGACAGGAAGACGAUGAUUAUCUAUCAUAAUUAAAAAAUGCCUAAUAUUUAAAAAAAUGUUAACGGAUGUUUAUGUAACUUAAAUCUACAGGAAAUGUAUAAUAGGACUGUUGUCUAGCAGUACUUCCAGUAACGGGUGUAGGCAAAAUAAACUUCAUUUCGUCGUCUUUCACAUAAGAUAAAUCCGGGACAUUGGGCAUGACAAACUUACCCUUUUUGUACCUGAAAAAUGAUACGUAUAAUUCCAAGGAACUGUGAUUUCGUUCCUCAAAAACUUUUCCAACAAAAAAUAUCUUCUGGUUUUUAGAACAAAAUUGUACUAAUACGUAUUCACCUUCAUUUGGUAAGCGUUCAAGUGGUCUUGUCAGUAAAUCCUCUGUUAGAAUGGUUUCCUCGAUUUCUACCCAGUCUCCUCCAUCGUCUGUUUCGUCAUUCAAAAUCAUAUCAUCUUCAUCUGAAGAUGACGAGAGGGACGAAGAAGAGACGAGAAAGUGACUCAGAAGAUUCUGAGUCACUUUGUAGCACCUGACGGAUUGCUUUUUUUCCUUUUGGUUUCUUUCUUUCGUUUGGCUGAUUUCAGUUCUGCAAUAGCAUUUUUUUCAGGUGUGUCUGUGGCUAUAAGAGCGUUUACACAUUACGCCGCAGCGGCAGCAUUUUUCGCCGCCGCGGUAUCGCAGGAGCUGCGGUGUUUCACCGCAAAACCCGCGACACAAACGCGGUCUAUGCGGCGCGAUCAUAAACCAGUCUUCCUCGAUCAUUCAAACAGAAUGGACAAUACCGUGGUUAUUGCGACGCUUCUUUGUGCUCUGCGUCGUCAACGUAAAAAGAGAAAAACAAGAACAGUUUGGAUCGAUCCAUUUCUAUCUUCAAGGAAAAGUAACGGAAAGUUUUAUUGUGAUUAUGAGAGCUUGAGAAGAAAUCCUAAGAAAUUCCGUAAUUGUUUCCGAAUGAGUAUUGAUACAUUCGACCAAAUAUUAGAACGUGUGCACAACGGUUUGCAGCGCAAGGAUACGAACAUGAGGGAAUGUAUUUCUCCUCCUGAAAUGUUAAUGGUGACAUUGACGUAAGUAAAAAAAACUGUAUUAUAAAUCAAAAUCAAGUUUAAUAUAAAUCACAGUAAGGCACAAAUUUUCACAGUAAGGCACAAAGUUUAGGUAGUACUAAGGCUAACAUUAAUUAAAAUCGGGUAAUGACUCGUCGGACAUUGGUGAUGCUAUGAUCUGUGUAUAAGAACUCAGAGAACUUGUAGAUGGCGUGCUCUGAUAAUGAUGAUUGUAUGCCUGUGUAUUGUAUCCAGUCUGAUAGCCAUAAUUAGAUGAGUUUUGCCAUACACUAUUAGGGUACUGAAUUUCUGUUACAAUUUGUAGUACUCUACUCUGAAACUGCAAUACUUGUUGAUCAUUAAAGUUUUCGAGACUUGGCAAAAGACUAUUAAAAAAAGACAAAUGUCUAUUAUCCUUUUGUCUUUUUAAAAUGUUCAAAACUUAUCUGGUUUGCGUUUGCGACGCGAUGUAUUUGAAGUACUCAUUGAAUUAAUUUGUACUGAAGUUUGCUGUUCAUUAGGAGUUUCUUCGCAUGGUAGUUCAGAUGGUUCCUCUAGAUUCUGAGUUACGAGCGACGGAGCUAUUUUUUUCAAAAAAGAUAAUUGUUCAAAGAAAUGGUAUUUUUUCAUAGCACUUGCAGCUGAUCCGGAUCUCUUUGUUUUGAUUUUUGUUAGGUAUUUAAAAAAAUUGUCCUUCACAUUCUUCCAUUUUUUAAAGACAGAUUUACCUGAAAAAAAAAAUGUUAACCCUAGAUUAUACUUUUUUGUUUUUCAGAUAUUUGGCCAAGGGACAUACAUUCACUGACCUGCACGAAAAUUUUAAGCUUGGAAUAUCUACUAUAGCUGAAAUAAUAAGAUGUACAUGUAAAGUGAUUUGGAAUGAACUAUCACAAGAAUGUUUGCCAGAAUUAACAGAACAGCGAUUAAAAGAAAUUGCAAGAGAGUAUGGGCCAACUCACACCGAAAGAGCGGCGAAGGGCAGCGGAGCGCAGCGACCCGCUCGGUAGAGAAGGCGCGAGGAUUCCCGUGACUGCUCGAGAAGUCGCUGGAAUGCGCGAGAAGUCGCGGGACACCGCGCGCCAUCUCGAGCCGCGAUGAAUUUACGGGUCGUUCUAUGCGCAGUUCACUUUCAAUAAAACUCGAGGAAACUUGUGUUUAUGCAGUGAAAAUGAGUAUUUUGGAUUUAAUUAUUAUUGCACAUAUAAAAGAAGAGGAAGAGGCCGAAGACAUAAGGAGGGAAAGAUUUAAAAGAAACUUUUGGGUACACGACGUGUGGAAGAAAAGACAUUUGUUUGGCCAAUUUCGUACAUUUUGCACAAAUUUACAUCUGUAUCCUAGCAUUUAUUAUGACUAUUAUAAAAUGAACUAUUACAAAUUUGAAAGUUUGUUGGAAAUUCUCAGGCCACAUAUUCAAAAACAAAAUACCAAUUAUAGAUUGGCUAUUCCCGCUGAAGAAAGACUAUCGGUCUGCCUCAGAUUUCUAACUACUGCUAUCAGUUUCAAAGCGCUAGCUCACGAGUAUCAUAUGGGAUAUAGUACUGUACUUCAAAUUGUUCACGAAACUUGCUCCGCGAUAUGGAAGUAUUUACGGCCGCGUGUUAUGCCCAAACCAACAGCUGAGUUAUGGACCAAACUAGCAAAAGAAUUUGAAACUCAAUGGAAUUUUCCUAACUGUAUAGGAGCCAUAGAUGGAAAACAUGUUAAUAUAAGAGCACCUUGGAACAGCGGCAGUCAAUUUUAUAACUAUAAAAAUUUUUUCAGUGUAGUUUUGCUAGCCAUUGCCGAUGCAAAUUAUCGAUUCGUUGUAGUCGACAUUGGAGCAUAUGGUCGCAAUAGUGAUAGUGGCAUUUUAAGCAGCUCCAGAUUAGGACAAUCAUUGAAUAAUAAUACAGUGGAUAUACCACCUAAUAAAUGUUUGCCAGGUACGACAGAAGCAUUGCCACAUGUUUUUGUUGGAGAUGAGGCUUUUCCGUUACACAAACACAUAAUGAGACCUUUUCCUGGAAACCAAGUGUCGACAGACGUCGAGAAGAAAAUAUUUAAUUAUCGCCUGAGCCGUGCAAGACUUAUUGUAGAGAGCAGUUUCGGAAUACUAACACAAAAGUUUGAGGUUUUUCAAAAGAGAAUUAAAAUGCAACCCAAAUACCUAGACAUUUUGAUAUUAGCGUGCACUUGUUUACAUAAUUACCUAAGAAAUGAUGAAAUAUUUGAAAACAUAAAUGAAACAGUGCCAAUAAAUAGUAUAUUACAAAAUAUUCAAGAGGGUUCAGUUUCCCAAGAAAAUGCUAUGUGUAUAAGAGAUAAAUUUAAGACUUAUUUUAAUUCUUGUGGUGCAGUUUCUUGGCAAAACGAAAUGAUUUCCCGUAGUUAAAUAGAUUUAACAUCAAAAUGGUGUCAAGUUUUACAAAAGACUGUGCCGUAUGUAGGUAAACUAACGAGUUCUACAAUUUGCUGACGACAUCGCAACAAUUUAAAGUUAUUUUUAAUUUUAAUUAAAAUAUAAAAAAAUGAUUUAUUUUAAUUUUCAAAUAAAAAUACAUACCUAUUUAUAUACGUUUUUCUUUUGCUCCCAGCUCAGCAGUGAAUCAAAUAAAUGGGAUAUUAUUAAUUGCACAUCAAAUGAAAAUAAUCUCACAUCAAUUUAUUCUCAAAUAUGUAUAUAUAAAUAUAUAUCAAAUAAAUUACUUCACAACAAAUAAACUAAAUGUUUAGCAAAACUAGUAUUGCAGAUAAUUCGAAAAUGUACAUCAAUACUACAUUACUUUUUUUUCCUCUAUUGCGAGACAAAUAAUAUAUGACUUUUGCAUACAAAAAUUACUUUUUUUGAUGUACGUUUAAAUACCUACCACCCAAAUAAAAAUAAUUAAACUAAUACAUACCAGACAUAUUCAUUUCAGCGCCCACUUUUUGCCAAGCGUUAUUUUUCAUAUGUUUAUCGCUGUAAUGCCUUGAUUUUAUAUUGUACAGGCAGUCGUACAUUUGCACCAAAUAAAUAAGCUUUUCUUCAUCCAUUUCCAUUACUUCUGUAUUCGUUGCACUGCAAGGAAUGAAUGCGAAAUAGCGAAUGCCCGCGCACAACAGACGCACGCGGCGGGCGUCGGGGCGAGGGGCGGGAUAUUGCCAGCGGCCGCUCGUGACUGCUCGAGCAUUCUCGGGAAUUCCCGAGAAUGCUCGCGCAGGCGCACGGCUCCGUUUAUGGAAUUCGCCGGAAUUCCUGCGGCUCCGCGGGCAUCCGCGCGCCUCGUUCGAGUUUCUCAUGCGAUAAUAGUAUUUAUAAUAAUAAAAAUUAAGUUAAAAUUCUCAUGACACUGAAACUGCGCUCCACUUCGUUGCCCUUCGCCGCUCUUUC